AUGGUCAUAAUGGCAGAGGAAGAAUAUCAGAAUGUUCCCCCUGAAAAUAACAACAGUAACCUGGAUGAUGAGAUCGAUGACCUGAUUUAUUACGUAAGGACGGGCGACAUUGUGGAAGUUAAGAAAAUCCUUGAACACGGAAAUAUAAGCUCAAUUAACAAUGUGAAGGACGAAAAUGGGAACACCCUCCUUCAUUUUGCAUGCGCAAAUAAUAAUGUGGACAUGAUUCGCUUUCUGCUAUACGAAUGCGCAAUUGGACAUAACCAACUGAAUGCCAGUGGGAAUAGCCCCCUCAUGUGGGCCAUACAGAAUAAACAUUGUGAAGCUGUGAAGGAAGUGCUACUCUUCGACUACCUUUUAUAUAGCAAAGAAUAUACCACAGUGGAAAGAAAAAAGAACGAACUGUAUGAACAUAUGAAGGAAGAUUUUUUACCAAUGUCCCUCAUGAAGGAAGAAUACAAGCUGAAUGCCCAUGUUAAAAAUAAAAUAAACUCGAUGAAUUUUUUCGGGAGCAUUCUCACGGACGAUCAGAGCGGCAGUAGGCAGAAUGUCGGGGGUGCUACUUUAAAUGGCCAGGGAGAAAAAUGGGGGAGGCAAAUUAACCUGUACAAGGAAGCCAACAAAAUCGACCUACUGAAGAAAAACGAAUUCAGCAAGAGCAUUCUGUCGGAGGCCUUCAACGCCCAGGACGAAAAUAUUUUGCACCUCGUUCUGAGCCACCCCAUGUCGAGUGUGCUGGACGAGCAAGAUAAAAACGCGAUGGAUGGCAUAAACGGUGUAGGCAACUGUCAGGACAGCGCACCCAGUAGGCAUAACGGAGAAGCCUUCACGACGAACCUGGAGGAUGCAAAAAUAAUUCAGGAGUGCACCCAUCAGUUGCUCAUCAACGAAAAGGCAAAAGUAAAAAACGCGGAAAGCGAAGAAGAGGCCAUUAUACGGAUAAGAGAAAUUGGACUAAACUAUUUUGGAAAUUCAUUUGAGGAUGGAAAAACAUCAGGAGAAGAGAUCCAUUCGCAUAAUGACAUUACCGGGAUUAAUAUUUGGGAGUGUUGCCUCAUGAUGAGCAAAUGGAUCUCCGACUUGUGCCUCGAAAAUAGCACACCAUUCAGCAACAAAGUAGUGUUGGAACUUGGUGCAGGAAGUGGACUAGGGAGCAUUUCGCUCUUCACGCAUGCAAACAUUUUUCGCAACGGAACUGGUCAAGGACCGGACCAAGUAGUCAUAAGCGAUGUAAACCCGUUCACUCUAAAUAACAUUUCGCAUAAUGUCCUAUUAAACGAGGAACUCUUUAGCAAACUAGAUCCAACAUGGAGGAAUAAAAUAAAAGUAUGCAACAUCGAUUGGACCGAUGAAAAUACGUACCCACGUGAAAAGGAACAAAUUGUCACAUAUGACUACAUUAUUGGGAGUGAUUUAAUAUACGAUAAGAAAAUUGUACCGUCACUUAUCCAUAUAAUUAACUUAACUUUGAAAACAAAGGGUAUUUUUCUCUAUUUGUGUAGAAAGAACAGGGAUGGGUCACAAGAAUUCCUCGAACAAUUAAAAAGGGGAAAUUACGACAUACAAUUGUUCACCCCCCCGAGUCACUACUUCAUCAGCCCCUUCCUCAACUUAAGCCAGGACCUGUAUGAGGCAAAAUUCUCCGAAUUUACCGACACCUCCAACUUCGUCAUGAUGCGCUGCCAGAAAUAUUGA